UUGCCGUCUCGUUUAGUUGCAAGUUCGCGGGAGCUUCAGUUGGUUCAGCUGACUGGCAGAGCGCACGUAACGGAAACCGGGCGAGAGUUUUUAUUGUUUUUUCGAACGUUAAAUAGUACUAUGUUGAAUAUUGAAUGCCAGACGUGCGUGAGCGCCAUCUAGCGGCGAGACGACCUAACGAAACGAAAGUGCUUGUGUGUUUGUGUGCCCGUGUGUGCAUAUUACACCGACUGUGUGCGAGUGUGUGUGUGCGUGUGAACUAAUUGUGAAUUGUAAAUAGCGCAACAUCAAAAUGCCGACGGCUUUGCAGCCCCUGGGCUAGGCGCACGUCUGACGCAUUGAACUGCCAUCGAACACUGGCUACACUUAUGUCCACGCUGGCCAGCAGCCGCCAUCCGACGCUGAAUCUGACACUGAAACGCAGCAACGAGAAUCAGCAUCAGCAUCAGGAUCAAGAAGCUGUGCCUGCUGCAAUGCAUCCCGAUUGCCUGCCCCUGCCACUGCCCCUAGGUGCAGCUGGUGGCCACGGCAGCAGUCCGCAGCUGCAGAAACCGGACGAUGGGGACGAGGACGAAGGCUCAGCCUGCGAUGAGCAUAUGGUGAAUAUUUUGGAUGACCAGGAGGAGCCCAAUGAGGAUGACGAUGAGGAGCUGGAUGAUGCGGCCAGCUGCUGCAGCGAGAAUAGCGUCCUCAGCGUGGGCCAGGAGCAAUCCCAGGUGGCAGCGGCCCAGGCCAGGCAGCGCCUGCUCAUGAGCCAGCUCUAUCGCCCGUCGGCCUUCAGCAGCGUGGCCAACAAUGUGAAUCCUCAUGCGCCAGCCGCCGAGGAUGCUGCCCAUCCCAUGCCUGCGCCGGCCAGCUUUCAGGAGGAGUUUCUGCGCAAGUCGCAGCUCUAUGCGGAGGAGCUAAUGAAGCAGCAGAUGCAGCUGAUGGCUGCGGCUAGGGUGAACGCGCUCACAGCUGCUGUGAUGCCGCUGGGCGGCCUGCGUGGACCCAAGGUCACACAGCAGCUGCAAAUGGCCAUGGCGGCCAUGAGGCCCACGGUCGGACAGGAUGCACUGGCUCAAUUGACGGCUACGGCGUUGGGCAUAGCGCCCGCAACGCAUCCACAUCAGCUGCUCAUGCAACAGCAGCUGCAGCAACAGCAGCAGCAGCAGCAACAGCAGGCGCAGCAGCAGCAGCAUCCAAAUCCUUAUCAGCCAUUGCAGAGCAAUCACAACUACAACAACAACAAUAACAACAACAAUAAUUUGAAUGAUAAUGAACGCGCCUUGAAGUUCAGCAUCGACAACAUACUCAAAGCGGACUUUGGCUCACGUCUGCAGCAGCGUCUGGCCGCAACGGGCGCCGGCGCUGGCAUCGGCGCUGGAACUGGCACCGGAGCAGCGCUGAAGACGCCGCGCAAAAGCCAGAAGCCAUUGAAUCUGGUGCAGCUGCAGACGCAAACGCAGCCCAGCCUGAGCUUCUCCAGCACCUUGGCCAACAUCUGCAGCAAUAGCAACGACUCCAACAGCACCGCCACCAGCAGCAGCACCGCCAACAAUCCGGCAGCCGUUGACCUGGUCAAGUCGCCCAGUGCCACAUCGCCGGCGCCAGCGUCAGCAUCAGCAGCGGCCGCAGCAGCCACUGGCAAGGCAGCAGCCGAUGAUAGCGGAACAACUGCGACGGCCACAUCCACCAGCUCCACGCCCAUUGUGUGGCCCGCUUGGGUCUACUGCACGCGCUACAGCGAUCGCCCCAGCUCAGGUCGAAGUCCACGCACUCGCAAGCCCAAGAAGCCAGCCGCAGCGAGCGCUGCGGGCAGCAGCAGCGGCGACAAGUCCGAUCCGGAUGGCGCCUCCGGCUGCGCCGGUGUGCCGGAGGACAAGCGACCACGCACGGCCUUUAGCGGCACGCAGCUGGCGCGACUCAAGCAUGAGUUUAACGAGAAUCGCUACUUGACGGAGAAGCGACGCCAGCAGCUGAGCGGGGAGCUCGGCCUGAACGAGGCGCAGAUCAAGAUCUGGUUCCAGAACAAGCGAGCCAAGCUGAAAAAGUCGAGCGGCACCAAGAAUCCGCUGGCGCUGCAGCUGAUGGCCCAGGGCCUCUACAAUCACUCGACGGUGCCGCUGACGCGCGAGGAGGAGGAGCUGCAGGAGCUGCAGGAGGCGGCGGCGGCAGCGGCAGCCACAGCAGCGUCCGACCCAUCGUAGGCCGCUAUAUUUAUUGUAUAAUUAACAAUAAUAAUAUUAAUAUUUAAAUGUAUGGCCUAGCGUGUAAGUUGCUUAACAAUUAAGUUGUAAAAUAUUCUAGUCCCCCUCUCGGCGCACGCGACGCGAUUUGCCCAAACGGAUGCGGAUGUGGAUGCGGAUGCGAAUGUGCUGCGCUGCGCUGCGUGUUUUUGUAUAAUAAAUUUAAAAUAAAACAUGAAACGAAAUGAAAUGCAA